UUACAAAGCGAUAGAGUAUUCAUUUAAUGGAGACACAUUUAUGAUGCAAAUGAUAGGGGGACUAGUCCUGGCCACAGUGGUGUUCUUUGCUGACCUGUACUUCCUGCUGAAGGAGAACAGCUAGCAGCUACACCUGGAUCAUGAGGGCACUGCUAAUGGUCGCGGCGGUUCCGCUGGUCGCGCUAUCGGUCACUUCCCGUGAUGUCGACUGGAAGCAGAAAGUGGAGUAUUUCGCAAGGGUAUUCCUCAACUGCAGUGAAACUGGCAGCAAAAACGUCACGCUGGCGGUGUACUUCUGGAUUCUCCCUUCCGGUGACGUUGUUUAUCCUGGCAGUAAAGACAUGCCUAAGCAAAAUGUCGAGUUGAUGGACAAUGGGUUUGUUCUGCAAGUUGACAAAGUGGACGAUAUUGACUUUGGAUUGUAUUAUUGCAUUAUCCAAACUGGGCCAAAUUCAACUGGGAUUGUAAAGCGGGGUUUAAAUGUGGACGGGCCAUAUUUUGGUCCGGCAUAUAUGGACAAUAUCGGGCACAGCGCCAUGGUCGGUGGUAUCGCGGCUGGAUGCACACUCGUAUUGCUGACUGCAGUCUGGCUUAUCUGCGCUCACUGUAAGGUGGUGCCUAGGCGCAACGUGCUCGCCGUCUCCCAGAACUCAGACAAAGUUUCAUCAAAGGAUCCAAUCCUUUCCGAUAAGUCCGAUGACGACAUCUACUACAUUGCCGACGGAAUUAAAACGACACCUGUAAAACGGAAUGUAACAUAUGAAUCAGUUUCUGGAAUCGCAUCUACAAGCGAGUCCGGGCACUACUUGUCUAUUGGAAGUCUAGAAAGGAAUAUUCAAGAUCCAUACGGUGAUUCGAAUUUUAUGGACCCAGGUGUGAACCAUAACAACUAUGUCAACGAUGUUCACCAAGAUGAGGAACAAGCCAGUAAGGAGUCUGACCUGUACUCAACUGUAGUAAAGAAUCUCGAUGGGUCACGCGCGGGUACGAAACACAAGAACGUGAUAAAUGGUGACGUGGUUCUUGAGGCCACAGGGAAUACGAUGCUGGUGACGUCAUCGCUCGUGACGGACCCGCCCCGACUAGCAGACCCGGCCGCCAAUGACGAGGGUGCGCUAGAUGACGUGUUUGAACCAGAUCUAACAGAGGAUAGCAUGUCGAUGACACCGUUUUGAAUUAAUUACAGUCAGAUAAUUGAUAGAUUUGUGUAUGUUCUAGUUCUAUGUGGUAUUCAAUAAUAAACCAACUGAGAUAAAAUUCCUAUAUUCAGAACUGAUUCUUUCAUAGAAACAUGUGGACGUUUUUGUAGAGAAUGCGCUUGAUUAACCUUUCGUUAAUGAAACGAAGCAAAGAAAAUCGACAUGAAUAGGUGUACGUAUAUAAACUAUUAAUUAAUUACAUAUUAAUCUUGUUAACAUUGAUUUGCAACACCUUGGAAGAGUAUGGGGCAUUGUGGAUGACGUAAAACAUUCCAUUGAAAAUCACAUGUGUAUUAAACUCCUUUCCGCCCAUAUAAUACAUGCAUUUGAAAUAUGGUGUUGUCACGGUACGAGAACGUACACUUGCUAUUGCUCAAUAACUGGUCACAAACAUUCGGGGUAUCAACAU